GAAGGAAGCAAGCCGCGAUCUGUGUCUGUGGGCAUACAAUACACUAAAUCGCACGUGGAAUUUAAAUAUUUGAAGACUUUUUACUUAUUUUAACGGUCUAAAGACUUAAGAUUUAAGUUUUCAAAAUGCCAAAAGUUAGGAAAGUAGCUAGGAGAAAGAAGUUCAGACAUACCGUCAACAGGAAAAAGCUUAACAGAAAGAAGAAGAGGCUGCCCAACAUUCCCUGCGAGGCUAUCAAAGAGGCAUGGGACAGCACCAGGUCUGUCAACGUCAACUUGCGCCAAAUGGGCCUGUCCAGUGAUCCUAAUGUGGCCUUAGGACUCCCCAAUUCUAAGAAAAAGCUCGCAGAAGCUAGACAGUUCAACUUGGAAGAAAAGGUGCCCAAAAAGAAGAAAUCAGCUCCAGUUGAAGAUCCAUUUCCGAAAUUGGCAAUCGCUGAGCGGUUGGAAAGAGAGUCCAAGGAGAGGAAGAGGAAGACCCUGAGGCUGUCCACAAUGCAGGUCGACAAAUGUGCCUACUACAUUGAGAAGUAUGGCAACGACUACAAGGCGAUGACACGAGACAAAAUGAAUUAUGACCAGAACACGUGGAAGCAGCUGAGGGCGCAAAUCAAGAAAUUCAUGGAGUGCAAAGAACAGUGGGACGAGUAUUGGAAGUCGAGGGACAUGGAGGCGCCUGAAAGGACUGUCGUUAAAGAGGCAAUGGAGGAUUCUGAUUAAUUUUAUAUAUGUUUACCUUAAAUAUACGAACAAUUAACUCAGA